GCAGGAAGUGCUUAGAAAAAGAUGGCAGCCACCAUGGAAAAUAUUCCAACAUAAACAUUACGAGCCUUGUUUAUAGCGAAAAUAAGCAUCAGUGAGAAACGGAAACGUUGUGCCUUACAAGCUAAACAUUUUGUUUUUAUUGCAUUUGUUUCAAUUAGGUGUUAAAGAUCUAACCAAGGCAGUCGGCCUAUGUGAACGUUGCGAUCGGAAGUGAAAAUGGAUUGAGAAAUUAUACGGUUGGUCAUAUGACAGUUGUGCAUAAUUCAAUCAGAAACGUGUCUGGAUUACAAGUACCUUUAUUUUCUUGCGCUGAAGUCUUACUAGUUUUUGUCUUAUUUGAAGAUAUUCAUUUAUUUUUGGAAAAAUCUAGGGAAGAAUUGAGAAGUAACUUUUUUUAAAUAGAGAAAAUUCGGAGUGAAAUCUGUCAAGUUUCUACGAAAGAUGGACAAAUAGACGUGUUAACAAUGCACGAAUUUUCAUGUUUUGCAAAUAAUUAUAUUAUUGCUUUGCAUUUCACGGAAGUCUUCAUCUGAGAAAUUCCAUUGUAUCUUGAAAAUGGGUACCCUUAAAGACAACAAAGAUGUUGCGUGUUACUUCAUCACGAAACAUUCAUGGAAGGGAAAAUACAAACGAAUUUUCUCUGUUGGGACGAUGGGAAUUACAACCUACAAUCCUCAGUCAUUGGAAGUCACAAAUCAGUGGCCAUACUCGGAGUUUGUCAGUAUAGUCCCCAAUGUUAAAGCGCCUGGUAACAAUGAAUUCAUCAUUACGAUGAGGAAAGGGCCAAAGAAGACAGAGUCCAUGAAGUUUUCCACCGACCAUCGUUCAGAUUUAUUAACAGAAGCUUUGAGAUUUAGGAAUCAAUUUGCUGAAGUAAAUAACACUAAAAAAAGAUUCAAUGCUUUCAAAUAUCAUUGGUCAGAUAAUCGAGUACCAAUUAUUCUGGAGGUCAAUCAAGGGUCAGUGGACCAGAUUGACACGGUAACAAACCGAGUUUUGGCUAGCUACGACUACAAAGACAUGGAAGGCAUAACGCAUAUAUCAGAUUAUCCUGGAGGAAUUGCAAUAAUUCAUGGAGGAUUUAGUCGUCUUCAUUUGUUCGCCUGUGAUCAAAAAGAGAGCCUGAUAAAAAGUAUGAUGGAGAGUGCUGCAGCCUUCGUCGGGAUUUCAGUAAAACAGAGGAAGGAGGCCAUUACGUUUGAUCAGUUUGUGACACACAAGAUGGGAAAAUAUAGCACGGAUGAGGCUUUAACAUCCUAUGCUGAGUUUACGAUUCAGAAGAUCUCUCCACGACACCUGGAACCCACUCGACGAACCAUGUGUCUGACGGAGACUUGUUUAGUGGAGCGUGACCCAGCCACUUACAAUGUAGUUACCUGUAAACCACUGUGUGAUAUAUUUGCGAUUAUAAGAGACCAAGAAAAUCCUCAGAAGUUUAGUGUGGAGUAUGUCAAAGGUGCAAUACGGACCUAUCUGUCAACAGACAGAGAUGCUCUGAUAGCUUCAGUUCUGGAUGGAGUGAGAGCAUCAGGAAAUAGGGAUGUGUGUGUGAGGAUGACUUUUACAUCUCGUGGAUAUCGCCUCGGGCCGUUCACGGUCCCGGUGGAUGAAGAAGUGGAGAGCCAGCUACUAAAAUUCAUCCAGCAACCACCAGUUGGGACGACAUUUGAGCAGUGUGUUUCCAGAUUCAACAGCAACAUUUCAUACAGCGGACUACUUCACGCAGUCACACAAGAUGGUCUGUUUGCUGAAAACAAAGAAAAAUUGAUCAACGGUGCUUUGCUUGGGCUACUGGAGAAAGAGGGAGAUCAGAACGUUAUAUCUGCAGAGAAUCUGGAGGCUCAGUUCCACGCCCUCAGGCGGCUGGUGGCCUCUAAGGCAGGCUUCCAGGCCUUCACUACCUUACCUAAAAUGAGAGAAAAAGUUGGUUUAAAGGUUGUCAAGGCAUUGAAGAGAAAGGAUCACGGAGUUACUCAUGCUGCGAUAGAUGUGCUCUGUGCGUUGAUGCAGCCCAUGCAUGAUGAAUACGACCUUCGACAAGAGCAACUGAAUAAAUACUCACUUCUCUCCUCGAAGAAAUUUCUGGAGACUUUGUUAGACACAUUUAAUGUCCAUGUUGUACACAGUACGGGGGCACUUGUGAUAUCGGCCAUGUUGGACUUUUUCACAUUUUCUCUGUGUGCUCCAUACAGUGAGACGACUGAUGGAACCCAUUUUGACACUCUGCUGGAAAUGGUUGCAGCUGAUGGCAGAAUUGUUUUUAAAUUAUUCCAGCAUCCGUCAAUGGCAGUUGUAAAAGGAGCUGGACUUGUUAUGAAAGCCAUUAUUGAGGAGGGGGAUCAGGAAGUGGCAGCUAAGAUGCAGGACCUUGCCCUUUCAGAGGGGGCGUUACCCAAACAUUUACACACAGCCAUGUUCACUUCCAGUUCAGACAACAGGAUGCUUACUAUCAGGCAGCUGAGUCGACAUUUGGUCGGGUUGUGGGUCACUGGUCAUCCCACUGCUAUGGGCCUUCUCAGACGCAUUCUGCCUAGUGGACUCUUGGUGUACCUUGACUCCGAUGCAGAAGUCCCCAUCCACGAAACUGACAAACUGCAUGUCAGAGACAACGUUAAAUUAGCUCAAGACAUUCAAAAUAGAAACAGAAGAAAUCCAAAUCUAGUCAUGAUAGAAAAGAAGGUGGAUGAACUUCUUCAGCACUGGCGAGCAAAAAUAGGACUGGAGAAAAAUAAACAACAAAAUGAUUUAAAACCCGUGACUUUACGGAAGCGCAGACAGAGGAUAAAGAGCGAGGCCAACUGGUCAUUAUUUUAUUAUUACUUUGGGAGAGAUCACGCAAAACCUAACUUACUGUGGAAUUAUAAGACUAGGGAAGAGUUGCGGGAGGCACUUGAGAACGAGAUGAGAGCAUUUAAUGUGGACAGAGAACUGGGAGCUAAUUGUGUAGUGGGGUGGAACCACCAGGAGUUUGAGGUCCCCUACGUCUGUCUCUCAGACGAAAUCAAAAUAGGUGACUAUUAUCUGAGACUUCUGCUGGAAGAAGGAGAAAAUGAAUCGGAAGAAACAAGUGCCAUUAAGAAAUCGUACGAAUUCUUCAAUGAUCUGUAUCAUCGCUUUCUGCUGACUCCAAAGGUUCAGAUGAAGUGCAUGUGUCUACAGGCCAUGGCCAUUGUAUACGGGAAAUGUCAUGAAGAGAUUGGCGCUUUUAAUGACACCAAAUACAUUGUAGGAAUGCUGGAAAGGUGUACAGACAAACUGGAGAGAGAUAGGCUGGUGCUUUUUCUCAACAAACUAAUUCUACACCAAAAAAAUGUCAAAGAAAUCAUGGAUGCCAAUGGUAUAAAAGUUUUAGUAGACUUGUUAACUCUAGCACAUCUCCACACCACCAGAGCCACAGUCCCACUACAAACCAAUGUUAUUGAGGCAUCUCCGGACAUGAGGAGAGACAGCGAGAAAGAAUGGUACUAUGGGAACAAGGACAAGGAACGGCUGGGACCAUUCUCGUACGAUGAGUUGAAAGACCUGUGGAAGGAGGGGGUGAUCCAUGCUAAGACACGAUGCUGGGCUCAAGGAAUGGAUGGGUGGCGCCCUCUACAGUCUGUUCCACAACUCAAGUGGACACUACUGGCCUCUAGUCAGCCGGUGAUGAAUGAGAGUGAACUCGCUAGUCUCAUACUAAACAUGCUGAUUCAAAUGACUGAAUACUAUCCAAGCCGGGACUCUGAUGGUGCAAUAAUUCGACCACUGCCAAAAGUGAAGAGGAUAUUAUCAGAUCCCAUGUGUCUCCCACAUCUAGUGCAGCUGCUGUUGACCUUUGACCCGACCUUAGUGGAGAAGGUGGCCCGUUUGCUGUACCUAAUUAUGCAGGAUAAUCCAAACAUUUCCCGCCUCUAUUUGACGGGAGCAUUCUAUUUUAUCAUGAUGUAUACCGGAUCCAACGUGCUACCUAUUGCCCGAUUCCUGAAAUAUACGCACAUUAGCCAGGCUUUCAGAUCGGAGGAGAAUCGCGGCUCAGACAUUGUGAGCAGAAGUGUGUUGGGACAUCUCCUACCAGAAGCCAUGGUCUGUUACCUAGAAAAUUACUCACCAGAAAAGUUUUCAGAGAUUUUCCUUGGGGAGUUUGACACACCAGAAGCUAUCUGGAACACAGAAAUGAGGCGGGUGAUGAUCGAGAAGAUUGCCUCUCACAUUGCCGACUUUUCACCUAGACUUCAGAGUAACACUCGCGCCUUGUACCAGUACUGUCCCAUUCCAAUAGUCAACUUUCCUCAACUUGAGAAUGAACUCUUCUGUAAUAUCUAUUACCUUAAGCAUCUCUGUGAUACCCAGAAAUUCCCAGACUGGCCCAUUAAGGACCCAAUCAAGUUACUAAAAGAAAUAUUAGAAGCUUGGAAGAAGGAGGUGGAGAAAAAACCACCCUCCAUGUCGAUCGAAGAAGCUUAUGAGACGCUGCAAAUGAAGAAAGGCGUGGGAGGGUUUAAGUUUACUGACUCUGGCAUGACAAGACAUGAAGAAGCCAAAAUUAGAAAAGCAUACUUUAAGCUGGCUCAAAAAUACCAUCCAGAUAAAAAUCCCGAAGGAAGGGAAAUCUUCGAACAAGUCAAUAAGGCGUAUGAAUUCCUGUGCAGCAAAUCUCGGCUAGUGGAAGGACCAGAUCCCCAGAAUAUUGUGUUAAUCCUCCAAGCCCAGUCCAUACUGUUUAACAGAUAUAAAACAGAACUGGAACCCUAUAAGUAUGCUGGCUAUCCAAUGUUGAUUAAGACAAUACGUAUGGAGACAAAUGACGACACCCUGUUCUCGAAGUCGGCCCCAUUACUAGCCGCUGCUGCUGAGCUGUGUUACCACACUGUCAACUGCUCAGCGUUAAACGCAGAGGAGCUCCGCAGGGAAAACGGGAUUCAGACUCUACAAGAUGCUUUUGCUCGUUGUAUUAAUGUCCUCAGUAUGAUGAGUAAACCUGAAGACGUGUCAGUACAGGUAUGCUCCCACAUUGUGAAAUGCUAUGCUGUGGCCUCCCAGUUUGAGGGUUGCCGAGAAAAGAUCCAAGAAAUUCCAGCGAUAGUCAAAGAUAUCAGUCGUAUCCUGUAUUACAAGAACCUCCCUAAAUUGUGCUCAGUAGUUGCGGAGUGCGUGAGUGCUUUCUCUGUGGAUUUCUGGUUACAAACCAAUCUCUUCCAAUCAGGCGUGUUGUGGCAUUUGUUGUUGUAUCUGUUUAAUUACGACUACACGCUGGAGGAGGGAGGGGUGGAGAAAAGCGGGGAGUCAAACCAGCAGGAGGUAGCUAACAAUUUGGCCCGGCUGUGUGUGAGAGCCUGUGCUAGAUUAGGGGGUUAUUUCCCAGAGAGUUCCGAACUGUCCACUCCAGAAAACGUUCCGGUCAAGAAGUCCCUUGUUGCCAUGUUGACUCCAUUCCUGGCCAGGAAACUUUCCAGUGAAAACUCCAAAGAGCUGCUGAAAUUGUUGAAUAGUAAUUCGGAAAAUCCAUACUUGAUUUGGGACAACGCCACCAGAGCUCAGCUGACCGAGUAUUUGACUGAUCAACAGCAGCAGGUCAUCAAAACUGGCGAGUGUGAUAAGCACUAUGGGUCUGAGUUUGUCUUUGAAAUCCAUGCUAAGGAAUUGAUUGUGGGAGAUAUCUACGUCCGUAUUUACAAUGAACAGUCCACUUAUCCUCUGGAGAACCCAAAAGGGUUCACCAUUGACCUUCUGGACUACAUGGGAUCUCAAGCCCAGUAUCUGCACUCCCUGAUGAUGCUGAAUCAGAGCAAUGCCAAGCAAGCACAGGGCUCCAGAUUAAAAAAUGUCGAGAUGGCGCUGGAGGGUCUGCGUAAUGUCAUAAAAAAUAAUCCAGGUGUGGAGAUUCAGUGUAUUGGCCAUUUUAAACUGCUUUUCUGCCUACUAAGAUUGGAUGACUGUGCCAAAUUACAGCAGUAUGCGUUAGAGGUUGUCAACAGUGUGACCACUAAUCAGGAGUGUGUCAAUGAUAUAGCGGCCUCAGAAGUCCUAGCGUACCUGCUGAUGGCCAUCCCAAUGCUGCCAAGUUGUCAGCUACUGACGUUGGAGAGUUUGUUUUCUCUGAUGUCCAGCACAAAGAUUGUGAAGGAAGCCCUGGCUAAAGGUGCGCCUAUUUACCUCCUGGACCUGUUCGCCAAUGCCACAAACCCCAACGUUCGAGAGAAGACCGCGGAAUUGAUGGCCAAGAUGUUAUCAGACAAGCUGGUGGGACCAAAAGUACGCAUCAUUCUAUCCAAAUUCUUGCCUGUAAUCUUCAUGGACGCCAUGAGAGACUCCCCAGAAGCUAGUGUGCACAUGUUUGAAGGGACUCAUGAAAACCCCGAGUUAAUAUGGAAUGAUGAGUCAAGGGAGAAGGUGUCAGACACUGUGAAGAAACUUAAAGACAGCCAUUACAAAGCUCAAAAAGACAAUCCCGACACGAGGUGGGGAUUAAACGAGGACUUCAACGUGGUGUACUCGGACGUGGAGGGAGAGCUAACUAUAGGAGGGGUAUUCCUGAGGCUAUUUAUAGCUAACCCGGGCUGGGUGCUGAGGAAGCCCAAGGAAUUCCUUACCGAGCUGAUGGAGAAGUGGACCCACAUCAUCAGUAUGCAGAAUACUGAUAACGAGACUUUAGAAACUGUGACGACAGGAGUGGUGUGUUUAUUCUCCUCUCAGCCAGCGUUGUUGGACCAGGUGCCCUCCCUGGGAUACAUUCCAAAGAUCUUCCAAGCGAUGAAAAAUCGCAACGAUGCUGUUCCUAAGGCUGCAAUUCAAGUCGUCCACCAGCUAGCUAAUAAUGAGAUUUGCAUUAGAAGUAUGGCCCAGGUGGAGUGCAUCAGUGCGGUGAUGGUGGGAAUGAAGGCCAGACGGGACCAGAUUGCCCUGGCAGCAGAAACCCUGUACAAGCUGUUUGACAAGGGGGAAGAGGAACUGGUGUCUCAGGCCAUUAAGACAGACCUGGUCCCAUUCCUGCUGAAGCUGUUGGAGGGAGGACUUGAGACCCUAGACAAACCAGCAGCCACAAAAGCACAGAUCGUCAAGGCCCUCAAAUCCAUGCAGAGGUCAUUCCAGUUUGGUGAACAGAUAACAAAUAUUUUAGACAAGUCACCUGUUUGGAGGGAAUACAAAGACCAGAAACAUGACCUAUUUAUAUCUGACACACCUAUUGCUGGUUACCUGACAGGCCCUACAGGACCAAGCGUGGCCGGAUAUCUGACCGCUGGAACUCGCUCCACCAUGCCUGAUCGACCGCCCCCUGUCGAUAGACAUGAUGAUCUUAUGAACUGAGAGUGACCAGUCACAAAUUACUACAAUGUACUGCCAUCAUUGGAUUCAAGUACAGUGCUUAGGGGGGGAGGGGGGCUCCAAGAGAGGUUACCACGGUAAUGGAUUGGUGCAGGACAUUUUUUAAUGUAAUUUUAUUGUAUCAUGUACAUGUCAAAAGCAAUUUGCUUUCUGCUUCCUGUUUAUGGAUAAAUGUUUGUUUCGUCAGUUGGUGCUGGAUGAGGUGCAUGUCCACUGAUGGUAAUGUCUUCUGUAUUAAUUGACCAUUAAUCACAAGAUGAAUUUAGUGACUAUACAAGGUCGAACAAUCCGUGGAACUGGUUUGGUUUUGCCUGGGAUGUCCUUGGAUUUUUUUGUUGAUAUUAUUUUGAACAAUAAAGAGGGUAUUUGUAGAGUGUAUAUUUUUUUUCUAGAAUAAGUUUACUGAUAGAUAGUGCUAAGUAACCAAUGUAACAUUAAAUAGUAGUGGAUUUUUAGAAAAACAGAUGUCAGCAGAUUUAUUUGUCCAUUGAUAUGUGUACUGUGAUUGAAUAUUUUUAUUUUUUUUUGUUGUAUUCAUUAAAUUCAAUUUGGUUUUUUUUUUUUGUUGUUGUUUCUUUGGUUAAUUGAAUUUCUAUAAUUAGGAUAAUAUCAAAGUGUCUGAUAUCUGUUGUGGGUUAUUGUCUCCAGAAAAUGUGCUUACCGUUAACUACCAGAAGGCAAACAAACUGUGAAAAAAUAUUUGUGAAAGUUGCUUUUUCUUUGAUUUGUAAUCAAUUAUCAACCUUACAAAAAAAAUAUCUGUAAUUCAAUUUCUAAGGAGGUUACUGUAAUUCCUAAUGCCAAUCAGAUUAUGAAAUGGUACUUUCAAAUUGGGUUUAUAAAUGAAUAUUAAAUGGUGCACUUAUUGAAAGUGGGAGUAGCUCAGUGAACUUGUACAAAAUUUGAAACUUGCAUAGAUGACAAGUGGAAAGUGAAAGUACCCCAGUGAUUAUAUAUAUACAUAAUUGAUAGAAAGUUUAAAUUGAUAGCUUCAUCGUCAAUGCCAACUAUUUUUUAAACAUUGCAGUGUAUAUAUUUAUCAUUUUAUUUGUUAUAUUCUACUCAUGUUGAGAACAAAUCUAGAUUGAACUAUGUGUAUUGUAGUGUGUAUAUUGUGUUUACUAAUAAUGCAUUAGUGUUGAAAAUUCUUGAAAUUUAGAAAUAAAUGUAAUAUUGCAAUAGUCCUCAUCAAAAACCAUGUUGCAAUAGUUAUGAAAACUCACCAGAUUGUCGCAAUAUAAAUGCAAUUUGUAAUAUUUGUAAUUGAAAAGACUUUUAUUCACUGCUUGUUUUUGUCAUGGAUAAACCCAACAGGGAGAACUUGUGGUUAGUGUGCACACAUCUGCAUGAUUUACCCAGGGGUAGGUCAAUCGUGAAUAAAUCAUUUAAUUAGUAGAAUAUAUCAUGAAGCUUUAUUUCAAUGCAGCAUUACGAGUUUCACCAUCAUCAUCUUCAUAUCGGUAUAAUACAAAUGUCAUAAAAAUGUCAUAAUACUGGCUGACUGGACAAACUGUCCUGAGCCACAGAAAACUGUUAUCACUGUCUCUCUGACUGUCAUUAACAUUGUUAUCAUUAAAGAAUCAAAUACUU